AUGACUUGGCCAUCAGCCGAAGAUAACACUCGCCUCCGAGCGCGUCAGCUCCGCCGCUUUCAUGAGAAGCAUGUUAGUUCGAAAGGCCCCCUGAAGAACGCAGACAAGAUCACCGAAACUGACAUGGACCUCGCCACGACUCUCGCUCCAGACUAUAGUCUUAAGUUCUGUGAUAAGGAUGAGGAAGAGUAUCCUAAGCAGUGGGAAACGAAUCCCAGAUCCCUAGGUUUCAUCCUCGGCAACUUCCGUCUCAAGGCCAAGGAGAUCACAGACGCCAUUAACAGGGAGAUUGAUGAUGCCAUCGCCGGGAACGGAACCUUUAUUCCACCAGUUUUCCCUGCGGGUUAUGGCGAUAGGGAGCAAAUUCGUUCUCUGCAAAAGAUUAACAAGCGGCUCCAUGCCGUAUUGCGGGAAGAAGAAGAGAAGGCUAAGAAAUACUUGGCUAGAGCUAAGGAGGCUGAGGCCCGACUUCAAAGGCUUCUGGAGGGGCUGGAAGAUGAAGACGAUGAAGAUGAAGAUGAGGAAGAGGAAAACAGGAGGAGGAAGAGGAGAAAGCUUGAUGGAGCGGACAAUGGAGUGCAAGAAACCAUCCACUGUAUCGGGUGA